AUGUUUGCUAAGAUCGCCGUACUCUGCCUUUUAGUGGCUGCAGCACAAGGAGUAGCAAUUUCUAUUGCAAACGGAGGUCUUGGACUUGGUGGAGGAAUUGGACUUGGUGGAGGAAUUGGAAUUAGCGGAGGACUUGGACUUGGAGAUGGUCUUAUUGGUGGUAAUGGACUUUUGGGACACGGCAUCACUCUUGCUCAUCAACCUGUGGCCAUUGCACAUCAACCAGUAGCCAUUGCCCAUCAACAUGUUGUAGAUCAAUAUGCUCCACCCCAUUAUGAAUUCAAAUAUGGCGUCCACGACGCUCACACUGGUGACAACAAGCAGCAAUCAGAAACUAGAGUAGGAGACACCGUUAAAGGAGAGUACUCACUAGCUGAACCAGAUGGUACUAUUCGUGUUGUUAAAUACACUGCCGAUCCUCAUAAUGGUUUCAACGCCGUAGUCAGUAGAAUAGGUCAUGCUGGACAUCCUCAAGUCGUGCAUAAAGCAGUUGUUGCUGCACCUACGUUGGUGACAAGCCAUGGAUUAGGACUUGGUUUAGGUCUUCAUUAA